AUGCUCAAACCAUCAUGGCAUAGCCUGGUGGCUAUUGCUACCCUAGGAAGUUAUACUCUCGCAAACCCUCUUGGGUACCGGGAAGUACUAGGGAAUGCAAGCCUGAACACUGAACAUUUGUUUGGGAGAGAUACUACUGAUGAAUUCGACCCGGCAGACCUUUCCUUCAUCACAAAAAUGGCCGCCAUCGGCGAUUCCUACUCGGCUGGAAUUGGCGCUGGUGGCCGGCUUGGAUCUUACGGUGACUGGGCAUGCAGUCGUUAUGAUAAUGCGUAUCCUUAUCUCAUCCAUACCGAUGAACGGCUGGGAGAUCAAGCAGCACGCACUUUUCAAUUUGAGUCAUGCUCUGGGGCAGUCACAUCCGAUGUCCUCGAAAAGCAAAUUCCGGCACUCAACGCGGACCAACAGGUUAUAUUGCUAUCAGCCGGUGGCAAUGAUGUUGAGCUCUCGAAUAUCCUGAACCAUUGUAUCUUCCGAUGGGCUUCAUUUACCCCAGACGAAGUGGAUGUGGCACGUCUGGCCGCCAAUGAGACGACCUUUUUUUGGAAGGAUUCCUUCAACUGGGAAAAUUUGGCUCUGGGCUGCGCUGGGCAAUUGGCCCGUACACAAGAAAUGAUUGCCGACGAUGCCUUCGGCAAGAGCUUGGACACUGUCAUCACGGCGGCAAAGUUGAAGCUAGCUUCAGAUGGGAUGAUCUACUACACUGGUUACGCCAAAUUCUUCGCCGAAGAUCUAACAUCCGCGUGUGAUGAUGUUAGCUGGUCAAUUUGGACUCGGGAUUCGGGGAAACUCACCACCGAUCAUCGAAAAGUCAUGAAUGAACUUGUCGAUGAUGUCAACGCACAGAUUGCGGCUGCAGUAGAGAGAGCAGGUUCCCAAGUCAAGUUUGUCAACUACGAUUCCUACGUGGGCCAUUUCAAUGGCCGCUUUUGUGAAGAUGGCGUCGACGAAUCAACGGUUGAAAGCACCACAAGAACCGGUCUCAUGUUCUACGAGCUCAAUACUUUUGACCUCGGGGGCUCUAAUCCCUGGAAACGAAGCGUGGAUGAAGUUGAGGAUGGAACCUUUGAGGGUUCUGUCAACGAGCUCGCGCAGAUUACACUUUGGUUAGAUCCCAACGCCAAGUUGUCAGAUCAAUCUAUGAUCUCCGACGAAACUGUUGCUUCAAUCAAGUCUCUUGCCGUCUCCAAGGUGGCACCAAGUGCCACAGAUUCUGAAAAAAGAGAGAUCCCAAACCUCCUACCGGACGGGUAUGGCCGGGUGUUCCAUCCCCAGCCCUUACUUCAUCAGAUCAUUGCCUCACUGGUCAUUUAUGAAAUGGCCAAUAAGAACGAGCAGGACAAUGGGCUUCCGGAAAUACCGGAGAAGUUCUCCUACAACUCAUGUUCUUACUCCGGCUCGAGUGGAUCAAACGACUCGAAUGCUCCAAACCGCCAACAAAUCGCGGUGGCGUCGUAUAUCAACCCCCUAGGAGACCCGGCUUCGUGGGAACGAAUCUUCGCAUACGACACUCAGAAACUCAGCAUAUUGGUUGCCAAUGUUUUGAACGGUCCAGAUUAUGUGGUCGAUGAAGCCUGGAAAUCGGUGAUUGAUCAAGCUGCGAGUCAAGGCAAAAAGAUCCUUGGUUAUGUUCGGACUGGCUAUCUUGGCGUGAGUCAACAACAAUUUACCACUCGACUAGGCUCGAAAGACCUCGCAGACUGGGCUUCGCAAAUCGAACAAGAUGUCGACAAGUGGUUCGAGCUCUAUGGGACCAGUCUCGGCGGUAUCUUUUUUGAUGAAGGCUGGCCAGAAUGCGGUCCCAACAAUAUCUACGCCGAUCUGUACGCAUACAUCAACAAAUAUACGAAGAACAAAUACCCCGGCGCAUUCACAGUACUCAACCCGGGCUCUCCAAUAGCUCAAUGUUUUGAAAACACUAUGGAUACGCUGUUGACGUUCGAGAGCAGCUACGAGACUUAUAUAAGCUCGUAUGUGCCUAAUGAUUGGACGCCAAAGGAUCCCCGAAAGCUAUGGCACAUCAUCUACAAAGUUCCACAGGAUCAGGUUGCGACUGUUGCUGCUCUUGCCUCGAGCCGCCAUGCAGGCUUACUGGAAAUUACCGAUGAUGACCAACCCAACCCUUACGACAAUCUACCCAGCGAGGCUUAUAUGCAAGCACUCAUCGGCGCCGUACCAGGUGGCACGCCUCUCAUUGGUAACCCAGCUAAAGCUACUAGCUCCCACGUUGCUGGUCUUCCAAGUGAUGUCGCCAUCUCCUCUUCGGACUAUAGCUCCGUCACACUCACCUGGUCAUCAGUUUCGAAUGCUCUUGGCUACGCAGUAUAUAAGGACGGUGCACUGGUACUGGAACUGCCAGCCUCAUUGACCCGAGCUACGGUCGGCAUGCUCGACCCUGGAUCCUCUGGUAUCUCCUUCGAGGUACGGACGGUCUUAGCUUCAGGUAGUGGCGGUGGCUCCUCCCGGACGAUCUCGGCGAGCACGAAAAGCCUACCGUCCGACGGUCCAAUCACCAAUGUUAGCUAUACACAGAAUGGUGACACCGUUGUCUACAAAGCCGACGUCCUGGUACCAUACGCAUUUGUGCGGCUAUUCAUCGGCAUCAACCAAGAUGAUCAAUACUCAUUUAACCCAACACCCGUCCACGGGUGGCCGAUGGACAAGCCAGGCUUGGACAGUCUAGGUACCCAGUUGCACCAGAUCGUCAACUACCUUGUCGAAGGCAAUGCCUUUUACUCUGGGUUUUACGAAUAUACUGGCACUUGGAAUUCUAAAUCCAAAUCUAAUGCGGAGUGGUCGUGGUCCUCUAUCGGUGUCGCGCCUCAAUCUCAGAGUGGUUACACGUAUACGUGGAACGUCCCGCUCGCUGGCACCGAUGCUGUAGCCAGCGAAUACCUAAUCCAGGGUCAAGGAUACGCCCCGAUAAACAAUCUUUGUAUGGGAACCCUUUUUAUGUGGUCUGUGCUUUAA